UUGAUAGUAUACAAAUUUACAAUUAGGGUUUCAUUUCAUUUCAUUUCCGGGUUCUCCAGUCUCUCCAUUGCCAUCUCCGCCUCAUCUUUUACUCACUCUAUUCUUCUACUUACAGAAUCCUCCCGCUAAGAUGAAUGUGGAGAAGCUUAUGAAGAUGGCUGGUGCCGUUCGCACCGGUGGAAAGGGAAGCAUGAGAAGGAAGAAGAAGGCCGUUCACAAGACAACAACAACAGAUGAUAAGAGGCUUCAAAGCACAUUGAAAAGAAUAGGGGUCAAUGCCAUCCCUGCCAUUGAGGAAGUCAAUAUAUUCAAGGAUGAUGUAGUUAUUCAGUUUGUGAACCCCAAAGUUCAAGCUUCUAUUGCUGCAAACACCUGGGUAGUCAGCGGUUCUCCUCAAACAAAGAAAUUGCAGGAUAUUCUACCUGGAAUCAUUAACCAGUUGGGGCCUGAUAACCUGGAUAAUUUGAGGAAAUUGGCAGAGCAGUUCCAGAAGCAGUCACCUGGUGCAGCCACUAUAGAAGAAGAAGAAGAUGAUGUCCCAGAAUUAGUAGCAGGCGAAACCUUUGAAGCUGCAGCAGAGGAGGUCCAAACCAAGGUGGAUAUUAAUUAAUGUGUACAUUGACUAAUAUUCCCUUGUAAUUUUUCUUAUAUGAUUUCUGUUCCAUUUUGAGCAUCAUAUGAUAUGCCAUUGUUUUACUUGUGAGUUUUGACACUAUAAUUUGUGUUUUUUUUAAUUUCUAUCUAUCUGGUUUAUCCUCGCA